AUGUUCGGCCAGGCGUGCUUCGCCACAGUUCGUGCCAACCACCGCCGCCUGCAGCAGAUGCCCAACGAGAAGCAGGACAAGGCGCUGGCCCGCGUCGCCGCGAACUUCACCGAGCAGUCGAAGAUCUACCAGACCGUGGGCGUGCAGGACGACGUCGGCGUGACAAUGAGGAAGUACAAGCAGCUCAGGACACGAGGGUCUCAACAUGCACGGGGCCACGCGCGCUCUGACAACGAUCUCGACUCAGCUGACCUCUCGGACGACUUCCACGAGCUGCGCGAUCGCCAAGUGGUCGAGGACGCCCACGACAUGGCGGACACACGCAACCGCAAGCUGGUCUGGGUGAAAGAUCGUCACCGCCGACUCUCGGGCAACCAGACUUUGGAAAGGGCCAGACGCGGAGUCGGCGGUGGCCCGUCUUCGCCCGGCGGCGCAGAGCGCGCUCGCGGGCGGACGGAGCCAGCAGGCGACGAUGUUCAUGACCGCGACCCGCCUGGCAAGAAGCACAGGGGCAGCAAGAGUGGCGCUGCUGGCGCGGCGCUUCCAGACGACGGCGAGGGGAAGACCGAGGGCGGGGUGAAGUCCAGCGCGCAGGCGAUGGCCAUCGAGAUCCAGAAGAAGGACAUCGACGGCGACCUGCUCCCUUUGCAGCCCGCGGCCUUGGAGGGGGGCAUCGGCGCGACCCUCGAUAGCAUUAAGAAGCAGCUGGACAACGCCAAAAUGGUCAAGCCUCGCGAGACCAGUGGGCGCAUGGAAAGCGCGGCGGCGCUGCAGGCACAGCUGAAAGACCUCGCCAAGAGGAGGGGCGAGCCCAGGUCGGCCGUGAACUUCUGCGACAAGGAGGUCCGCGAUAAGGAGCGCGCGGACGGUCAGAAGGUUGACUGGGCCAAGUACGCCAACGAGAAGCGCCGGGUCAACGGUGGCUUCGGAAAGCUGCGCGGCAAGAAGUUGAGCCCGGUGAUCUACGCGCUGCAGGGGGCCGAGGGUGACGUCGUCGCCCAAUGCCUUGGGCUUGAGGACGACGGCCGCCAGACCGCCAUGGCGUUGGAGAUCGGGAAGCCGAGGGGGGAAGUCGACUUGGAUAAGUUUGCGUUUUGGCCCACUGGGCACGAGACCAUCGCAGAGCUCGCCAAGAUCUACGGCGACAGCCAGGUGGUCAAAGACAAGAUGGCAGCGAUGCAGGCCGCGCUGACCAGCAAUCCAUCGUGGGCAGGGGCCGUCGUGAACAUCGAGGGGCUGACUGACGCCGAGGAGUUCAAACGCAUCUUCGGCCAGGGGCCCUCCGCCUUCGCGCUGCCGGGCGUCGCGGCCAUGGUCUACGCAACAGAGAAGCCGGCCCAUGUCCAGUUGUCCGAGGUUGGCCCCGUCCUCGAGAAAGGCUUCUGCAUCAAGGAGUAUACGAAGUACUUGGAGUCAAGUGAUGGCCAGAGUUUCCUCGAUGCGAAUGCGUGGGCGGUUCGCCUGCAGCCGUUCUUGUUCUUCUACAUGCCCGACGGUUUCAUUGUGCUCCGGGCAAAAUUGGCCAAAGCAAAAGCCAAGGCUUCCGACAAAGCCGCCGACGCUGCCUUCCUCGCCUCGGCGCCUGCGUUCACGGACGCGCCCAGGCAGCUCGGGCCGAAGGUUCGAAAGGCCAUUCACUCGUACAACCUGGAGGUGAUCAAGAGCAAGGGCAAUGAUCCCAAGUGGGAGAACCGCGGCAUGAAGCUGAACGAAUACUUCAAUGACGCAUCGUGA